UAUAACUUAUAUAGAUUGUAUUUGUGUGUUCUCUAAUGCUAUGAAUAAAAUUGUUUAAUUGCUGUUUUUGAUUUUUUAUGUUUCCAAAUGCAUUGCAAUUGCAGGUAGUAGCUACAAGGAGUCUAUCUCUGGGUUGCCACGCAAAUGUUCCACCUUUGAUCUUACUUUCUCUUGCAACAAGCAUUGUCAAAACCCUGUAAUUACAGAGAUAUAACCCUUAAACUUCACAAUUAUUCUGUGUUGUGUUAGAAUUUUAGUAUUUUACUUUAUCCAAAUAGAUUCUUUAAAUAAAAUUGGGCUUUUCUUCAGUGAUUCAGUUUAGCUUCGAAGAAGGCCCAAGCCCAUUGAAAUACAAAAUCGUUUGAAACAUAACCGGACAUAACACAUGUCUUGUCCUAACUCGACGAAGCUACUCAUCAUAACCAAAUUAACUUCUAUCUUUGUGUGUGUUUCCUCGUACAUUCUUCAUCUUUACUUUCAGCUAGGGUUAAGAAUCCGAUCUCAAUGUCGAUCACCGUCGGAGAAACCUCCCUCCCAGACCUCCCAGUCUUCUUCACCAUGUUCCUAAUCAUCUACCUCAUCGCUUACCUCCUCGUCUUCCGCAAUUGGAAACCUCAAAUCCGUCCCGAAGCUUCAAGCUGUCUGAUUUCAAUCUUCCACGGAACUCCCGCCGUCUUCCUCGCCUCACGCGCCCUCUUCUCCUCCCCUUUCUCCUUCUCCUCCGCCAACACCGCCUCACAGAACACCGUCCUCGAUUUCAGCGUCGCUUACUUCCUCACCGAUCUCCUCCACUACAUCGUCUUCUACCCUAGCGACGUCCUCUUCAUCGGCCACCACGUGGCCACUCUCUUCGUCUUCCUCACGUGCCGUUUCCUCGUCUCACACGGCGCCUGCGCCAUCUUAGGCCUCUUGAUCCUCGCGGAAGUCACAAGCGCGUGUCAGAACGCGUGGACACUCGCCGGAGCGAGGAAGAGCGAUCCGGAGUCUAGAUUGGCAGUGAAAGUGUAUGACUUGUUGUCACCUCCGUUUUACGCGUACUAUAGUGUGGUUAGAGGAGUGUUGGGGCCUUUGUUUUUUGGGAAGAUGGUUGCUUCUUACGCGAGAGGGGAAGCUAACGGUGUGAUACCGAACUGGUUGUGGGUUUCUUGGGCUGUUGUUGUUGGAAGUGCUAUUACUGUUAGUAUACUUUGGAUUUGGAAUCUGUGGAUAGAAUGGUUUAGAGAAAGGAAGGCUAAGUUAGGACAAGACAAGAAGGUUAGGUAGUUUUGUCAUGAUCUAUUGUUUUGGCUUACUUCCAUGUACUAUAAUAAUAAUUGAUUUGCGUUUUGGAUGAGAAGUAUGUGCAGAUGCACUUUUAAUUCAUGUGUGUUAUAUGGUUCAGAAGUUUGUGACAUUCAUUGGUCUUGGUCAAGUUUUCUGCUACACUUCUCUUGGUUUCUUGAUAUUGCUGAGAAUUUGUAACUGUGCAAGACGCAGUGGGUAGGGUGUUUGAAUAGGCCAUAGGGUUGCUUUAUAAGUGUGCCAUUCUUGGUGAGUUAUAAUAUUACGAACCAGUAUUUUCUGUUUACACUUUACAACAUUAGAUAACUCUGAUUUUGAAUAGACUUGCCCUCUGUGUUUUAUGCAAUAUGUCCAAC